CGGUGGCUUCAAACCAAAGCCAACGCGUUUGUCGUUUCUCUUGCAUUGGCGGAUUUCUUUGUUGGGCUGAGUGUUGUUCCCUCGACAUUCGUGUGAAAGACGGUAAAUGACUUUCAUCUGUUUGAACAAGGAACAAUUUUUUAAGGCGUUCGUUUCUUUACUCUUCUUCUGUGAACUUGUGCAACGUAGUCCUGAAUCGCUACAUGGCUGUCGUGAAACCGUUUAGUACUUGA